UUGUUUACAAAUCAAACGGCUUGUUUGUGUGUACUGAGCGGAGUGGAGCGGCCCGGUUCGGUUCGGUUCGGUCUGCAGAGAGAUGCCGAGUCUGAAGGAGAACCUGCUGGCGCUGCAGCAGGCCGUGGGCCCCGCGGACGUGGACGCGCUGGUCACGCAGAUCGGAGAGGCGCUGCAGCUCCACGGGGCGCCGGGGGGGAACCCGCGGACCGGGCCCGGGUCCUGCGGGGCCGCGGCGGGCCCGAACCUCCAGCAGAAUUCCCGCGGCUUUUGCCUGAAGAUCCGGAACCAGCGCGGGACCCACCGGACCCGCAGCCCGUACCAGCUGCCGAGCCACGCGGAGCCGGACUGGGACCAGAUCCGACCGUGGAACCGGAAGCGGGUCCCGGGUCGGGUCCAGGAGGAGGACCACCGGCUGCUGCAGGAACUGAUUCUGUCCGGGAACCUGAUCAAGGAGGCGGUUCGGAGGCUGCAGUUCUCCCCGGACUGCCGGGAGCUGGGCCGGGCUGCGGACAGCCUGCCCUGCGCCUGAUGGGAGGACCGGAACCAGACCGGAACCAGAUUGGGAGUUCUGGUCCCGUGUUUUUUAUAACAUGUGUCUCAUGGAGGGAACGUGUCGGAUGGGGUGGUUCUGUGUGCACGCGCCUCGGUCACGAGCACGCAGUGUUCUUGAACAAUGAUUACGUUUUGUGGGGCGGGGCUUGAACAGACCGGAUGUUUACAGUGACUGGCCCCCGCCCCUCUCCAAACUGAUGGUGGCGUCACCUGCAGAAGGUGAGGCUGCUGACGUCAGAGACUGAUCUUGUUUGUUUCCUGUUUAUGUCCAGAAGAAUCACGUGAUGCUCCGUAGCGGAGCGACUUCAUAUCCCUGACUCAUCAGGGCUUUUAUUGUCUUAAUAAUAAACACUUCCUGUUUUCUACACGCACACGCGCUUCGUGUCUGUCUUUCUGGGGUCUUUCCAUUGAUUUCCAUUCAUUUCUAACCAAAACUCAAUUUACACCUUAGUCCUAAAUCUGACCCUUGACCCACAAGCAAGGCUUUGGACCCUACAAGGUAAUUCAAACAAGCGCGCACACACAGGCUGUGUCUGCUGGACAGAUUUGACUGGUCCGUUUAUGAAUGAAGCAGCCCAAUCAGAACCUGUGGACUCAAGUCAGAGUCCAUUUCAGGUCUGAACCCGUGACCCUGCUGGACUGGGCCGGUUCUGAUCAGAACCAGAGCCCCCAGCUUUCAUUGAGGUCCAGCAGACGGUUCUGAUGAUGGCGGCUGCAGUAAACAUCAGAACCGAACAGCUGAUCAAAACAAAACAAUCUGAAUAAAGGUUUGGACCAUCCGCUGCCUCCAUGUUGGAUGUGACAUCAUCACAACAAACAUGGAGGAUAAAAAUAGCAACUUCGAAGCUGCUUGUUUACUCCUUAAAUUGAUUUAGUUUAGAACUGCUGGCUCGACCAAUCACAGGAGCAGAAGCUGCUGGUUCGACCAAUCCUGCGGUCCAGCAGAACCUGCUCACCUGUCUACCAGGUGAGUCCUGGGACCCAACAGGUGCAGUGACACCAUCAGUCCAGCAGAUGGCAGCAGGACCCCCCAGAACCUCCAGAAGGAGCAAUAGAACCGGGUCAGAGUUCAGUUCACUCUAGGAGGCUUUUAUUGUGAAAAGACCGGUUCAUCUAAUCAGAUUUCCAGAUUCGCUGCAAAAAUGGCGAGGUUACUUCCGGUCACAGACAUGAGCAAUCACCGAGGCUCGCGACCAUGGAGGCGAACGCAAACCUGCCGGUGAGUUUAAUGCCGUCGUUAAUCUUACACCAUGUAGCAUCUCCAGGCCCCAUCACCCAGUUUGAUCUAAAACAGGGUGAUCUAAAACUUUCUGGGUUGUUUGUAUGUUGUCUUAGGUGAGACUGAGACAGGCAGUCUUAGUAAAGACCUACAUUUUCAGGAGAUGCUACCGCUAAUGUCCAAAGCCAAUAUGGCUGCCGCUGUGUUUCCAGAAAGGCUGUGAAACUUCCGGCAUCAACAACAACCACAACCCAACCUGUUCAGCUACUGUUAAUGGGACUUCAUUUAUGAUUGAAUUAAUACAUUUAGUCAUUACGACAUAAUACAAAAUACCAGUUACAUACCAAACUAUAGAUUUACUUGUCUUUGAUAUUGUUUCUACAAUUUUAAUUGAACAGAUUGAUCAAUGGUUGGAUGGUUGGAUGGAUGAUAGGAUGGUUGGAUGAUGGAUGGAUGGUAGGAUGGAUGAUAGGAUGGUUGGAUGAUGGAUGGAUGGUUGGAUGGAUAAUAGGAUGGUGGAUGUUUGGAUGGAUGGUAGGAUGGAUGGUUGGUUGGAUGGAUGAUAGGAUGGUUGGAUGAUGGAUGGAUGGUUGGAUGGAUGAUAGGAUGGUUGGAUGGAUGGACAGUUGGAUGGAUAAUAGGAUGGUGAAUGUUUGGAUGGAUGGUAGGAUGGAUGGUUGGAUGGUUGGUUGGAUGGAUGAUAGGAUGGUUGGAUGAUGGAUGGAUGGAUGAUAGGAUGGUUGGAUGGAUGGAUGGUUGGAUGGAUGGUUGGAUGGAUGGUAGGAUGGUUGGAUGAUGGAUGGAUGGAUGGUUGGAUGGUUGCAUGGAUGGAUGGUAGGAUGGUUGGAUGAUGGAUGGAUGGUUGGAUGGAUGGAUGGUUGGAUGGAU